AGAAUUCGGGAAGAGUUGAAAACCAAAUGCGUACUGCCAAUCCGAUAAUACUUUUAGUAGGAAAAACCGGUUCAGGAAAAAGUACUUUAGGAAACUGUCUUCUCGGGAAAGCGCAUAAUGAUGGACCUUUUUAUACUUCAGCGAGUAUGGAGUCGGUCACGGAUGAAUGUUGCGUAGCGACUACGUUAAUCAAUAAUACAAUUUAUGAUGUUGUUGACACGCCCGGAAUUUUCGAUACCCAACAAAACAUUGAUGAAACUCUUAAAAAAAUUGCAAAAGCCGUCAAUAAAAGUGAUCAUGGAGUAAAAGCAAUUCUUGUUGUUUUUGAAGCGUAUCGCUUUACCAAUGAACAAAAGGAAGUUUUGAGCAGAAUAAGAGAUUUUCUUGGAAAAGACGCGACAAAUCAUAUCAUCGCUGUUUUUUCCCAUGCAAAUAAAAGGCAGACCGAAUGUAAGGAAGAAAUGAAGAAGGCCUGGAAUAAGCCCGUUCAGUCCUUUAUUCAAAAUGUUGGAAAUCGUUGGGGAAUCUCUCCGAAUCCCGAUAUAUUCUUGCCUAACGACCCAGUUUAUGGUGCACGAUUAAUGGAAAUCAAGGAAUUAAUAAAUGACAUACAGGGAGUUUACGCAACUGAACGGCUUGAAAAGAAUCUGCGCGAACAAGAGAAGGAUCGACUGCGGAAAGAAGAGGAGGAUAGAAGAGAAAGGUCGGAAUACGAAAAAAGGCUAAAAGAGAGUGCAAGAAAAGAAACUGAAGAGAAACAUAGGCGAAAGAUAGAUAGGUUUAAUAGGGGAAAUAGCGAUAAAGCUGUUAGAAGAUGA